AUGGACGCGAGCAGCGGCAGCAAGAUGCCAGCGACGACUGGUGGGUCGGCCGUCGCCUCGGUCACGGCCAGCGACCAAGCCGUCGCCGUCGGGGCCAAUGACGCGGCCGUUGCCGCAGCAGCUGUGGACACCACCACCGCCAACAGCAUCGCAACCACCGCCGCCACCACCAUUGCCACCGCCACCGCCACCACCAUCACCGACUCCUCCGACGACGUCGUCGUCGUCGUCGUAGCCGCGGCGUCGGCAGAGGCCGGCAGCAGUGGCAGCAGCGUAGCUACAGCGAUCGAGGAUAUACCGUUGCCGGUGGGUGAACCGCGCGCGUCGCUGCCACUACCGACACCAGCAGCAGCAGCCGACCCCGUGGUUACUCGGGAACCGUCGACGCCAGCCGGUGCCGCUGAUACGGGCGCGCCGGUCGCCAGUGGCGAAGGCACGAUUUCUGCCGUAGGAGCAGACUCGCCCGCGGCGUCGGGUCCGUCCGUCGCGUUGACACUUGACGUGUCGCUCGACGACGAGCAGCAGCAACAGCGGGUUGGGCCGCUGCUCGACAUGAUGAUCAUCAGCGACGAUACGUCGUCGUCGUCCGAGGAGCUGCGAUUGGCCGCAGUGGCAGCGGAUGCAGCAGUGGCUGCGAUCGGACGCAACGACGACGACGAGUCCGAGGAUGAGGAGGACGACGAGGAGGAUGGUUCGGCCGUCGGUCCAGCGUACGAAGCCGCGAGGGCCUUUUUGUCGGCGAUGAACGAGGCUGCGGCGAGGCCGCCCAUCGACGGCGUCGACGAUCAGUGGUCGUUCGAGGACGACGCGCUGCUGCUGCGCUGCCUCAAUCCUCGCUCGGUGCACGAGUACCGGAGCAAGGAGUUUUGGCGCAAGCUGGCAGCCGAGUACUUUUUCGGGAGUGGUCACGUGACGGCGGCACGCGCCCGGGCCCGCCUGCAAAAGCUGCUGCGGGAUAAGAAGGCCUUUCGGCUGUGGGGCCUGAUUGCCGGCAGAAAUUUGAGGGACGGGCCGGACCCACGUCACGAAAAAUUCGAGACGUUUGUGCGUGCCCGGCACGCUUGGCGCUUCUACGCCAAGCGCAGGGACAAGCGCGGCCAAAGCGGCGUCGGACAGCAGCAGGCCUCGGCAAAAUGCUCGGACGCCGAAUUGGAGCGCGAGCGCGAGUACUGGAGCCGGCCGGCGCCGCCCAAACGGGGGCCGGUGCGUGGCUGGAAACGCAAGAGGCCCGACGACGAGGAGGAGGAGGAGGAGGAGGAGUGCGACGCAGCCGCUCGUUAUCGUCGCAGCAGACAGCGUGGCGAGCAGGCCGACGACCAGCAGGCCGGUCCGUCGUGCCGGCUGCGCAGCAACAACAAUAAGCGCCCGAGUACCCAGGGCCCCGGCCAAGACGCCGACGAGGCUAGGCCGUCGACUUCGUCGUCGUCGUCGAGGGCAGCGAAGGCGCAAUCACCAACAACGCCGCAGACGCCAAAAACGACGCGUCCGACCAAGCAGCAGCAAGCGUCCCGUCGGCCCGAGUGCUCCGGCCGGCAGCCGGUGGUGGUGCUGGAUCGAGCGUCGGUGCCGAUCGGCAAGGACGCCCGUGGCGGCGGCAUCUGCAGCAGCACGAGUAGGCCAAGCACGGGAGGAGCAGCGGCUCGCUGCAAACCCAUGGUGGCAUCGUCGUCUCGCUCGGCCUCUUUGGCCCCGAAGCAGUGUUCGCCCCGGGCGGGCUUUCACACGGUGGGUGGCGGUCCAAGAGGAGAAGAUUGGCGCGCGCUGGUAGACAGCGACAGCGAGGAGGACAGCGACGACGGCGCAACCGGCUCGAGCUACCGGAGCACGCCGCGCGGCUCCGCUUCGACAAGAAGAUCAACAACAACAACAAAGAGGAGGGAGGAGAAGCGUCGCGACGGCCAGGGACGUCGCUGA